CUACUGGCCGUUACCACUGGACGCCGUCCGUCUAAAUUAGCUCAAUACUCAGCCGGUCGCCGUCGUCGACUGCUCCGAGCAUUGAUCCGCGAAGCCAAAUCCGUGAAUCACACCCUGCUCCGACUGAACAACGAAAUGCAGGGCGAAUGGAACGAGCUGAACGAUCAGCGUGUGAAUCUGAGCGCCCAACUUCGUCAUUUGGGUUUACAUCCACCCAGCUAG